AUGGAGUUAGGAUUAAUAAACGCCUCUUUAAAAGAGGUGGAGACGUUUAAUGUCUUAAAUGGGACUACUUCUCAACCAGUGCCUGAUACGCCUCCCCCGCCAGGUUUCUAUGGAGACACGCGAGUGCUCCUGAUGAAAAUCGUAACACCUAUUAUCAUCACGUGGGGGACGUUUGGAAACAUACUGACAAUUCAAGUGUUACUCGGACAAAUGAAAAAGAUUUCCUCUACGUCUAUGUACCUGCUUGCGCUCGCUGUCUCAGAUCUGUGUCUCUUAUGGACAUCACCUUUUAGAGGUUGGAUGAAGUACAUGUGGGAUUUAGAUCUAAGAUAUCUAACAGAUGCUGGCUGUAAAAUUCAUCUAUACUUCUCAUAUACUUUCAUUCACUUCUCAUCAUGGAUAUUGGUAGCUGUUACUUUGGAACGGGCUAUAGGUGUCAUCGCUCCACACAAGGUAAAGUUGUGUUGCACUUCAAGAAACGCUGGAAUGGUUAUCGUCUGCAUUUUUGUUAUAAUAUUUGGAAUUGAUUUAGUGAUUCCAAUUAUUUCGUCUAUUGAUGGAUAUCAGCCUUUGGAAGGUCAGGCUCCUGUGUUAUGCGCACCAUCGACAAAAGAGUUUACAGCUUUUCGGGACAAUAUUUGGCUAUGGAUGGACCUCACGCUCUCAUUUCUUUUACCUUUCUCGUGCUUAUUCAUUGGAAAUGUGUCAAUUGUUUGGCAUUUACACAAAGCACGGAAUAUUCAACGCAAGUGUACCAUGUCGACCUCGAAAGGAAAAGUCGGCUACCGAAGGAGACGCAGCAUGCUGUCAGUUUCAGUUCUCAUGGUUGCGCUCUGUCUUAUUUUCUUUUUGACGAUGACACCCGUGGCAGUUUUCCAAAUCUAUUACCCAUACCGACAUGAGCAAAUUAUAGAGAUGUUUUAUGUAGAUCCAUUCGCAGCCUGGGAAAGUUAUCAAUAUUUAUUACUACAACAUGACAUUGUCAACUUAAUCAGUUACACUAAUGCGGCAUUUAACUUUAUCUUAUAUGUAUUCAGCGGCACGAAAUUUCGUGCAGAACUAAAAGCUGUGUUGUGUCACUCUUCAAAAAGGCAGAACACAAGUACCCUGUUUGAAUCUUCAAAGCAGUCGAUGACAAAAAUGCACUCGAAAUCAAUCAUAAUAAACAAUUUGAAAACAACGUUGCCGGAAAGAAAAUCGACAAGCUAUGAACAGAUUAUUUCAGGAUCGCUCGAGAAAAUCAAAAGAAAUAACGUUGAUAGCUACCACAACACAUUGUAUCCCAGCAAAGGAGAAGAUAAUCUAGUAUUUACCACGGACGAUGGUAUAAGUUCACUUUCAUCGAUUUUUGCGAAACAUGUGGACAAAGAUUCUGAUAUUGAAUAUUCGGAUAUUGACGACAAUAACGAAAGUACGGAUGACGUUUUCGCGGAUUAUGAAAUUAUAUUUUCAGGUGAUCCAAAGUAUGAUAUAAAAAUUGGAGGCAAAGAGAUGAACGGAUUUAUACUUCAUUUGUAG